UUUAAAGCACCACAUUGUCUCCAGCAGCAACUUAUCUACAUUCCACAAGUUUCAGUAUUAUAUUGACACACUUUCUUCUAGUGAGAAAAGAAACAUGGUGACCAAUAAUAAAAUAAGUGGUGAAGACAUGUAUGGCUUAUUUGAUCCUGAUAUGUUCAAUUAUUCUGAGUAUGUAAAUCUGAAUGAAGGUACCUCUGCUUGCAGAAUUUUAAAGAACCAUAUCAACACAAACGUUCUAGUCACAGUCUAUUGUUUUGUGUUUUUCUUGAGUCUUUUAGGAAAUGCUGUUGUUGUUUUUGUUAUAGCUUCCAUGGACCGUCAAAAAUCCUCCACUGACUGUUACCUUCUGAAUCUGGCAGUCACAGACAUUAUGUUUUCCUUGACUCUUCCCUUUUGGAUUGCAUAUGUGAAAGAUGAAUGGAUUUUUGGAGAUGCUAUGUGCAAAAUUAUUUCUUUUAUACAUGAACUUAACUUUUACAGCGGAAUCUUACUGCUGGCUUGCAUCAGUGUGGACAGAUACCUUGCCAUUGUGCACGCCACAAGUGCAAUCACUCAGAAGCGUCACCUAGUGAAGUUUGUUUGUUUUGGAGUUUGGCUAUUGGCUGUUUUACUUUCUGUCCCUUUCAUGAUCUACUUUAAAGAGCUUAAGUAUAAAGCGGAUUCAAUUGAAUUCAAAGUUUGUAAAGAGAAAAGCAUAGAAGGACUUGAGAUUUGGCGGAUAAUUAUCCGUUUGCUUCGGCACACAAUUGGAUUUUUCAUUCCUGUAGCAGUUAUGAUCUUCUGCUAUGGUUUCACCAUUAAAACUCUCUUUCAGACCAAAAAUGGUCAGAAGCAAAGGGCAAUGAAGGUAAUCUUUGCUGUAUUAUUGGCAUUUAUCUUCUGCUGGCUACCAUACAACGUUGCAAUGUUUGUAGACACUCUAUUGAGGGCUGAAAGCUUCAAUGUGACUUGUGAAAUCCGGAAUGAGAUUGACAAGACCUUGGACACUACAGAGUUCAUUGCCUUUAGUCACUGCUGCAUCAAUCCCAUUUUAUAUGCCUUCAUUGGGCAAAAGUUUCGCAGCACCUUCCUCAGAAUUUUGUUUAAAAAUGGACUGAUCAGCAAAAGAAUCCUGUCAGUUUAUGGAAGAAGUUCAUCUUACCUUUCAAGCUCUGGAAACUCAUCUGUCACAUUGUAGGACAAUGCUAGGACGCCUUUCUUUGCAUUCAUGGUGUAUACCACAAGGACCUUUUUUCCUCUUCGAAGAGUUUAUUUUUUUAAACAUAUUUCUUUUAUAGUGUUGUUUUCACAUGGUGAAAUUGACUAGAAUUGGCUUCUAUUAUUUAAAAUCUGUAAUGACAAUAAUCCUUUUUUGAAAGCUGUUAGAUAUAGCAAGAAAUGCAAGGAGUGACAUACAUUUGCACAAUAUCUGGCUUUACAUAAACAGAAUGUUAGAGUUUUAUGAUGAAGUAGUGAUCCAUUUUAUUGCCUCAAAGAUUCAGCAUUCUGGCCUUUUAAUUCCAUGCAUAGGCAUGUGUAAGUGAAGUCUGCAUUCUUCCCUCCAUACAUGCAGUGGGUUUAUCUCUGGGUACCCCGAGUCUUCUCUUCACAACCCAUUGCUGUACACUCUGCGUGUGUCUAUGUGUGACCCUUGUAAUGGACUGGUGCCACAACCAGGGCUGGUUUCUAUCAUGAUUUCAAUGCUAUUGGGAAAGCCAGAUGCCUAGUGACGCUGAACUGGAUUAAGUGGGUUUUCAAAUAUUACCUAAAGUUAUGUAUCUUUAGAAUUAGCUGGAAAAGAAGAAGUGAAAUCUGUCGACCAGUAUUAGGCAAGAAGGUAAGCACCAGUGUGGUUAACUGUGAUAUGCUAUCAAUAAACACAUGCUUUAAAAAAGUGUCUUUGGAAAAUUUGAUCUCAAAUAUCACCAUAGAUAUAUCAUUGAUAACUUGAUUCCUUGCCUCUGGAAAUAAAGACUUGUAUUAAAUAAUUUAAAAUAUUAAUUUACCAAAAAUAAUAAACUGCAUUUUUAAUUCAAGCUAACAUAAAGAUGUCUACUACAGAAAUGCACAUAAAAAGGGAUAAAAAACCCACAUAUGUUUCUAUUAUAUUAUAUUAUAUCAUAUUAUAUUAUAUUAUAUUAUAUUAUAUUAU